AGGAUGGGGAAGGGGGGGCCCCCGGGGGGGCCCCCGGAGGGGCCCCUGGGGGGCCCCGGCCACUGGACCCUUUUGCUGCAGAUUUGUUUUUGCUGCUGGAGAAGAUAAUUCGGUCGCCGACGGUGCCGCGUGGCAGCCCAGCAGCAGCAGCAGCAGGGGGAGCAGCAGCAGCAGCAGCAGGAGAGGGCUGCUCGCCUGCAACAAAAGCCCGAGCCAUCGGAGUCAUUGGGGGCCUCGUGAAGGGACUGUCCCCGCAGUGCUACCUGCAGCAGCUGCCGCAGCUGCUGCAGCUCGUGCUGCAGCAAGUCGACGGAGGAGACUCUCAAGGAGACACUCCUCCAGAAGCAGCACAUGAAAUAAGAGACGAAGCUUUUGCUUGCUUCCGAGACGUGUCUGCUGCUCUCAAGGAAGAAUUCGUCCCCUUCCUCGAGGAGGUGAUGGUGCGGGUCUUGGCGUCUCUGUUCAGCAGCGAGGGUUUUGUAGUCCCCGAAGAAGCAGCAGACUUUGGCCUUGCUGACAGCAGCGACGAGGCCGACAGCAGCAGCAAAGAGCUGCAGAUUCGAGACGGGUAUCUCGACGAGCUCGACUCUGCUGCUUUUUGCCUACGAGCUUUGUGGGAGAACUGCGGGGGCCACUGCAUGAAAUACUUGCAAAAGACCUGCGAGGCCAUUGAGGUGCUGAAGACCCACUUCCACGACGCUGCGCGGCAGCAGGCGGGAUUCUUAAUUGCUGCUGUGCUGCUGGCGGCCCACAGGACGCUGCAGCCGCAGCAGGACCAGCAGCAGCAGCAGCAGCAGCAACAGCAGCAGCAGCAGAAUGCCGUGCAGCCGCUGCAGCCGCACGUCCUGCAGCUCUGGCAGACACAGCUGUACCCGCUUCUCUUCGCCAUUAUCAGCGAAGACGUGGACAAGGAGACAGUAGGAGACGCGUUUUCUGCCUUGGGGACUGUGCUGGAGGGUGUGGGGCCAGCAGCAAUUUUCAGCAAAGAGCAGCGGGAGAGUUUGCUGCAGCAGUGCAGCAACUUGCUGCGGGGGACCCACAUCUGCCAGCUCAACCAGGACGUAGACGACGAAGAUGACUCCCGCCAGGAAGAAGAGUACUUGUUUGAAGGGCUGGUUGCCUUUUUGUCGGCGUUCGCGAGCGCAGCAGCACAAGGCAGCGCAGCAGUAGCAGCAGCAGCAGACCCUGAAGCAGCAAAAGCAGCAGAAGCAGCAGCAGCAAACUGCAACAUCAACAUUUUCUGCGCAGCAUAUGCAGAGCUGCAUCCCCACAUUUUGGCUCUUGCUUCUCACAAGCACUCCAAGGCCUACGCCGCAAUAGGCCUCGGCUGCUUCGCUGAGGUGUUCCGGGAGAUGGGUGCUGCUGCAGUGCCCUACGCGUCGCUGCCAGCAGUGCUGAAGGCUGUUGCUGAAGGUGUGCUGCAGCAGGAAGAUGAGGACUGCAGGCGCAACGCCUGCUUCUGCCUCAGCGUCAUCUACGAGGUUGCGGGAACGUCUCCAGCUGUUAGCAGCAAAACAAUGGAGUUCUUGCGGCUGCUGCAUCCCAUUUUUAGGUCCCGCGAAGAGCUGAACAAGUCGGAACAAAGCACCAUCGACAACGCGUGUUCUGCUGUUGCUGCUAUGCUGCUGCAAGAGCCUGCGGGGCUGCCGCUGGAGAAGGUUUUCGUUUUGCUGCUGUCGCAUUUGCCCUUAGCAGCAGAUAGAGAAGAAAGCAAAAUGGUGCUGCAGGCGCUGCUGCAGCUAGCUGCCAAGCACCCCGACUUGGUGCUGCAGCACGCCCAGCAGUUCAUGUUUGCCUGCGCCUGCGAGGCCUCCUUCCCAGGAGCAGCACGGCGGCUGGGCCCCGAGCUGACAGCAGCAGCGCAGCAGCUGCUGCAGCAAAUGGCAAGAAACCCGCAGCUGCCAGCAGGCACUUUGGAGGCCCUUGCUGCUAGUCUGCAGCAGAAACCCUACGCCCUCGCCUUCCUCAGGCAGGGCUAG